AUGGCAACCGCAACCUUCCUCUUGCGACACUCCCGAAAUCUCACUGCUCAUCAUUCACGGCUAGUAACGCUUUCUAGAGCUACAACCUUACAACUACAAGUCAAUCCCAAGCAAAGAACCAAUCUUAUUCAGAACAAUAAUAACAUAUUACGUUUCAUGUCAUCGCUCAAGUCGACACCCGAUCUCUGCGACGACUUUGAAGAUACCAUUCGUGUGGUGGAUCCCUCACUUGGUCUUCACAACUUAGGAGGCAAGAAUCAUUUUGGUGGCCAAGUCGUGACGGUCAAGUGCCAUGAAGACAACUCCUUUGUCAAACAAUUGGCCAAGACGGACGGGAAAGGAAAAGUCAUGGUGGUAGAUGGUGGUGGUUCUCGACGACGGGCUUUGUUGGGAGAUCAAGUGGCUGCGGAUUGUGUGAAUAGCGGAUGGGAAGGGUUGGUAAUUUAUGGAUCGAUCCGAGAUGUCGACGAAAUCAAAGCUCUCAGCUCGUUAGGGGUACAGGCGCUGGGAACUCAUCCCUGCAAGACCCUCAAGCGCAAUGAGGGGCAAACUGGCAUUCCAGUCGAAUUUGGAGGAGUCACGUUUAGUUCGGGUGAUUACGUUGUCUGUGACAACAAUGGAAUUGUUGUGAACGAUGCACCCAUGGACAAGUGA